UUGUCUUUUAAUUACCUUAAAUAUUUUUAGCGGUCGUUAAUUAUUAUAGUUUCGACAAUUUUGUAAUGCCAUGAAUAGCUGCUCAUAUUGUUGUUCGUCUGAAGUUCCCGUGAAAUAUUGGUCGACUCCAUUCAGCCUCGCAGUAAUCCGUUUCUCUAACAAGCAUGGCACCUCCCGGAGCCGACGACCUCGACUCGACCGACUUAAAUGAUCUUCCCGAAGAUAUUUGGAUGCUACGUCCCUGUGAGGUGUACCAAGAUGAAUACCAAGAAUGUAAAAGUAUGAAGGGCCGCUUCCAUCAGUACUAUGUGUUUGGUCAAUAUAUUGAUUGUGACAAGUGGAAAACCAACUACGAAAACUGCCUCAAGUUCCGUCAUACACGGUCACUCGAAGCUGUGGAGAAACUGCUUGAAAAUGAAAAAGCCCGCCACGAAGACCGAAUUAGAAAAGCUCAGAUGAAUGAUGUUUGGGAGUAUCGAAGCAGUCCCCCAGCAGAUUGGGCCAAACCGUUACCAGAAUGGGAGAAACUACAUCAAAACAGUGUUCUUUCCAAUAUACAGGAAAACAAGACAAAAACAGCUUCGAUUAUAGACUCACCUACACAAAACUCUGUGUGUACCAUAAUUUAGUAAUAUUAUUUAUAUAAAUAUCCAUGGCAACUAUCAUGUAAUUCUGAGCCUCCAGAAACUGGUUAUGGGAUCAGAAAUACCAUGGCCCUCCCCUGUUAGCUUUCUGUAUUUUUGUACUCCUUGUAAAUUUGUUCUGUAAAUAUAUAAACCUCUUUAUGCUUAUA